AUGAUUGCUCUGCUACUGUUCGCGGGAGUUUGUCGAGCCGCAGUAAUCCCCAUGGAAUCAAUGCUGAAAAUUCAAACCAAAUUCAAUGAUUUUAGUAUUGAAUCGGCUAACUAUAUGCAGUCGCCUCUUUAUUCUCAUCAACCACGACUGUUUCUUUACAAUUAUUUGCAAGUUGAUCCACAGAAAUCAUAUCCAGCCCUAAAUUAUCCUUAUGGUAAUCCGAGUGAUGCCUUCGUAACAUCAUCAUUCAAUUACUACGGAUCUCCUCUUUAUAAUUAUGGAUUCCAAUUAAGCCCGCAGGUAUUCACAAAUCUCCAGCCAUUUAUUCCGCACUAUGUUCCUCAACAGCCAAGUUAUGUUCCUCAACAACCGAGUUAUGUUCCUCAACAACCUAGCUAUGUUCCUCAAGAGCCAAGCUACGUCCCCCAGCAGCCGAUUUCUACGACAACUCAGCGACCGUUCGACGAUGACGGGAUUGAAAAGCUCGACGAAAAAGUCGAUCCUAAUCUCGAGAUGAAUUCCAACAACAGCAAUGAAAAUUCAGAUGACGAUUCUGUCGUCGUAGAAUCUAUCUAA